UAGUAUUUAGUAGUCGGACGACAUUAGAAGUUGUUGAAGACACAGUAGUAGUCGAAUGAAUAAAAUUAUUAGUCAAAUUAUUUGAAAAUGAAUCGAAUAUUCCAAAUGAUUUACUCAGUCGAAUAAUUAGUAGUCGGAUUAGUACAGUCGCGCAUCGCUAUUAGAUAUGGUGUCACUAAUCUGAGCUUAGCUUGCUUAUGUACUCUUUGGUUCUUUGUUUGGUGCUUAAUAGAAUGCGUUUUAUUUUUUUGUGUUGUGCGAUUUUUAUAAUUUAGAAUGUUAUGAAAUUUUCGUUAUUGUUUUUUUAAUUUUAUUUAGAGAUCUGUUCAUUUACUAGUCAAUAUAAUAUAAAACACAAAAUUUAGACAAAGUGUAUUUUAAGUUGUAUAAAUUCAAUUAAAUUGACUGCAAAAAUAUAAUUUGUGUCUUGUAUUAAAGUACCGACAUGGAUCCUAAGCACAAAGAUGCAAUACAAACAAACUUUGUUUCUUUAUUAAAUCAAACCGACCUUGACGUAAUGAUCGCAUCGCUGUACGAGAAGGGAGUAUUUUCAGAACAGAUGAUAGAACAAUACCGGAAUAUUAAUAUUGAUGAGAGAAGUUUGAAGCGCAAAUUCUACCUCCAUCUGAUGAGGCGAGGUCCAAAUGCAUUUCGUCACCUCAUAGAUACACUCUGGGAGAAUGGUCACUGGGCGUUGGUUGCUGAUCUGGACCCUGAUGGUGAAUUCCAUCAGUAUUCAAGGAACUCCAAUACAAGAAAGAGUAACGAGGCAGAAUCAAACGAUGAAAGCUCAUUUAUCAGUCUGCGAGCGGAGAGAAAACAAAAAGAAAAUAACAGAAGAAAACAAGCAAUAGCCCAAGCACAAGCGAUAGCCCAAGCGCAAGCGGUGGCCCAAGCGCAAGCAGUGGCCCAAGCACAAGCGGUGGCCCAAGCCCAGCCGAGUGCGUCUGUGACGCCGUCGCCCGCGCCUGUCUUUGCAGAUCCACCAUUUCAAGUUAAGAAAGCUACAAAGUUUAUUGAAGACAAUGGCAAAGGCAUCAAAGUGUAUCCGAUGAGGGGGGGUCUGCGCGUCAUGCUGAUAUUCACUUACAACGAGUUCAGCUGGAACAUGGAGGACAAGCGGCUCGGCGCCGAGAUCGACUGCCACAACCUCAAGUACCUAUUCAAGGAGUUGGACUUCAAGGUGCUUGCAUACCCCAACCUCACAUAUAAGGAGACGCUGGAGCGGCUGGAGGGCAUGGCGUGCAGCCUGGCGGGCGCGGACUGCGUUUUCGUGGUGGUGUCGUCGCACGGCUACGCGCGGCCCGACUCGGCCGACCUGGACUUCCGCGUCAGCGACGGCGGCCUCAUAUCAUUCCAGCGAUUCGUCGACUACUUCAACAACGAAGCGCUGCCCGACCUGCUCGGCGUGCCCAAGGUCUUCAUAUUUCAAACGUGCAGAGGUUCGAAGGAGGAGCCCCUGCGGCCGACGCACAUGCUGCCUCCGGAGCCGGACGCGGCGGGCGAUGCGGGCGACGCGGGCGACGCGGGCGACGCGGCGGGCUACGGCGGCGCCGCCUGCGCCGCGCCCGGCCGCGCCGCCCGCGGCGCCACGCCGCCGCAGCACACGCGCGUCUACUCGGACAUACUCAUCGCGCACUCCACCGUGCCCGGCUACGUAUCCCGGCGGAAUCCCAACAAGGGCUCGUGGUAUAUUCAAACCCUGUGCGAGGUAUUCGCUGAGAAAGCAGCCGAACACCACGUCGAGGAGCUGUUCACCUUGGUGGACAUCAGCAUGGCCGAAAAUCACAAGGUGCAGACUUCCUCCGUGGACAAGUGGGGUUUCAACCGGCACCUGUACCUUUACCCUGGACUCAGCAGGCAUAUGGACAGCCGGUAAUAGUGAAGUACCUUGUGUUAUGUGCGACCUGGGGCGUUUGGACGCGGCGUCUUGCCUCCGAUAGCAAAUAACUGAUGAAUUACCAAUCUUGAAAGUCAUUUUUAUCCUUAUAAUAAUAUUUUAGAUUAUUAAUAAUUGUAUUACCAUACUGUCUUCAUUAUGUCGGUGAAAGUAUGUAAUAAACGUUUUUUUUUUAUUAUUAUAUACUAUUCAAUAACAAUAGCACUUUACGUUUUACAAUAUUAUAUACAUUGCUGUUGUAAGUGGAUAGAAUGUAUAGGAUGCCUUGUGUUACAUAUGGUUGUAUGCAUGUCGUAUUUUGUGUAACUUUGGCAGAUGUAUUUUUUUUUUUAAUGGACGAUAAUGGAAUGGUAACCCCACCCGCGCUAUCGGUAUACACCGACGGGACGAAGGAUGAUAGGUGAGGAUGAAGUAGGUCAGUUAGCCCAUCGUGACGAAUUCAACAAGAAUUGUUCACGAUGGUUUUCAGGGGGAACCACGUGGAGGUGGACCUGAUAGGGCAUAUUGCUAGCAAUGGGGCUGUCAAACUUCAUUACUUAAAAUCCCUUUCCCCCCCGGCAAAUGUAUUGCCACACUGCAUGUCGUUGAGACGACCUCAACAUACCUAUAGCUAUAUUUAAGUGAUAUUUAGUGGUGCGAGCGCGUCGUUUGCAUCGCAAUAGUUCUGAAAUGUCAUUCGCUUAUUAUUAUAUCUCUAAUAUUUGAGUACGUUAUAAUUAUAUCAAAACGUUAGAGUUAGAAUGACAUUUGAGAGUAUGACGCAAUUGAUUGUAACUUCUUAUUCCCUAAAAUGAGCUCUAACAUUACAAAUACAAUUUGUCAUCUCUUUUAAAUAAUGAUUUGUACUUAUCUUAGAUAUAAAUUGACAAUCUAUUAAUUUAAUGCAUAUAACAAAUGUAUGUAUGCAUUCAGUCUACUUAAAUUGAAUUUAUUGCUAUAUGUAAAAUUAACAAUUUUUUAAAUCAACAUUGUCUCAAUAAAAAUUUAAUUUUAAAAAAUGUAAUACAAUCAUCUCAGUUUGUAACGUUCAUUACAAACCUUAACAAUGACAAUAUAUAAAAUAUGUAAAGCAAUAUCUACAGUGUAAAUAUCCGUCCGUCUCAAACCGAAGAUGCGGUCUGGGAGGACCCGAGUGCUAGUUGUUCUAGACUGGUCUCAUUAUAUUGUUACACGCAGUGUGUGAUAUUCCGUAUCUUAGUAGAUAAAUCAUUAUGAUCUCCCUGCAUUUAAGCUGCUAUUUUAAUAUCUAAUUUUAUUUUUAAACUUAUGUUCAUUUUUUUUUCAAUUAACGGGAAUUUAUCGAAUUCUAAACAAACGACCAAAAGUUUAAUAAAAUCCCGUUAAGCAAUUGAUAUUAUUAUUUUAACAUAUUUUUAAAAAAGACCCCGCCAUUAAAUAGUGUUGCAUAAUUAUAAGACGUAACGUUACUGUAUAAAAUAACAAAUGUCGAUGUAUUUUGUAAGUCUUACUAUUAUAGUUUUCAUAUGCAUUUCAGUACAUUUAAAGAACAUGGAGAGUGCAGUCACAGAGAAAAAUUUGCUAGACAUUAAUAUGAAUCUUUCUUAUUAUUUGUACUUUACAAAUGUAAAUAUUAAUAAAAUAAUGCAUACGUACUCGUGCAGUGUUGUGCCCAGCGGGCCUGCUCUCCCUGGGGAUGUCUACGCACACGCCGCUUUGAAUUUGUAUGUAUGUAUGUACUAUAAUAUAUUUUGGACGGAGCGGAGAAGCGAUAAUUAUGUAUAUUUGUGACAAAGAUGGAAACAGUAUUAUUUAGUGACGAAUUACCAUAAUUUAUGUAUAUUAAAAUAAUUUAUUAUUUGCGUAUUGUAUAUACUUUGAAUUAACUGUUUUAGUAACAUGUACUUGACUGCCGCAUGAUUUAUAAACAUUGUUAAAACUUUGUGAGCGUUUUACAGUUCUUUAUUUACCUACACGUAUGUGAUACAGAUUGAUAGAUAGAAUAGUGGCAUAGCGGUCAACGGAGGGGCUCCCUCUAGCGGUCUCGACUAGAGUAACAUUCCUUGGCGCUAAAUUAAACCAAAUAACUUGUUGAUUCGACAUUUUCGAGGAGGACCUCUCAGUUGACAGCUGCGCCGCGCCGCUCGAUUACAAUUACAGUAACUCUGUAUUCAUAGCUACGCAGGGCGUGUAUUAUAAAUGUACAUAAAUGCAGGUGCCUCCUGAUAUUUUAAUAUGUCACAAGUUGUUAUUUUAAAUGGACAAAAUGGAAUGAGAUUGCUCAAUUUUUAUGUAAACUUUAAUAAUUGAAAUUAUUUUUAUACAUUUACAUAAAACGAUUAAUAAAAUUGUACUAAUA